AUGUCUACAAUCAAAACUGUCAACAUCCCAAACAUUGCAUGGGAAACUGCCGCCAAUAUACUGUUUCCACCCAACUUCGACGCUGACAAAAAGUAUCCUGCCGUCGUGUCUGCUCACCCUAUCGGUUCCUGCAAAGAGCAGACUUCAGGCAACAUCUACGGAAAAGCUAUUGCCGAGGCAGGCUUUGUGGUUGUUACAUUUGAUGCGUCAUUCCAAGGAGCCUCAGGCGGCCAGCCGCGCUUCAUGGAGAACCCCGAAUUCCGCGUUUCUGAUUUCCGUUUCGUCGUCGACUAUAUACAGACACUCUCCUAUGUUGAUGCCGAUCACAUUGGUGUGCUCGGUAUUUGCGGCGGUGGUGGCUAUGCGAUAAAUGCGGCUAUGACUGAUUACCGCUUCAAGUGUUGCGUCGGCAUCACGCCGGUGAAUUUCGGCCGCCUCUCCCGCGAAGCUUUCGGUAACUUCGAUCCCGUCGAUUCACUGGAGAAAAUGGCAAAGCAACGUACCCUCGAGGCCCAGGGUGGUGAUCGUCUUGUUGUCAAUCUCCUCCCGUCAAGUGUCGAGGAGGCCAAGAAAUCAACUACGGAUAUCGACGUCCUUGAGGCCACUGAAUACUACAAGACGCAGCGCGGUCAGCAGCCCAACGGAUGUACUAGUGGCCUCUACUCCUUCAAUAGUGCUGCUCUCGCGUGGGACGCCUUCAAUCACGCGGAGGUACUCAUGACUAGACCUCUCAUGGUUGUCGUUGGUGACAAACCAGGGGGCUUUGGCGCCUACCGCGAUGCCCAGGAGAUUCAUGGCCGGGCAGGCACUAAGGAGAAGCAUAUCAUAGUUGUACCUGGAGUUUCACACUAUAUGCUCUACGAUAAGCCCGAGGCGGUUAAACCUGCCCUCGACCAAGUUCUUCCUUUCUUGAAGAAGCACCUUGGCAAUUCCAGCUAG